UUGAUAUCGAUUACCAUAAGAACCCUUCCUCGAUGUGGGCAACCGGGAAGUGAUAACCGCCCUCAUACCUCUAACAGCACUCGAGACCACUGUAUUCAUAAUCAACCUUCCUUCGAUGCAAUAAAUACACAAAAGCAAAAUCGAAACACUCAAUACAAUAUCAUUUCAACUGCGGUAGAUGCAAUUAAAGUUUAAACAGUAGUUUUGAUGCGUAAUUUACGACCAAAACAGUUGAUUAACUCAACGAGAAACAAUACCACUAUCCUUUUAAAUAGAGCGCAAGAAGUUAGUCUCCUAAAAUAAUACUAGUUCUCGGUCAGCUAGGUGACCUGAAGGCGUAUCAUUACCACGCCCGCACAAACUACAAGGUUCGCGCGAAUAAUCAUGUAAGUUUCCUCGAAGCUGCAGGUUUCGCUCAAGAUGGGGGAAAUGGUCUGUGGAUAUCAUAAAUAGAUGGAUCGUCCGAUUUUCAAGUUAAGCUAUCGGCUUGUUUUUCUUGUCACAUUCUUAAUCACAUUCGGUAGCUGUUUGGAUUCAAAUUCACCUACCCCCUCAUGUCUUAGUAUGUCAGAACGAUCGAAAUGGAAUAGAUCUUUUCACUUUAACAACCAGGAGCUCCGUCUAAAGUUGGAAGUCACAAACCGAUCGUCGCAUUGGAUUGUCAACUACAUAUUUGAGAUAUUGGCACGUGAAAGACUUGGCUAUCAGUUUAUAGAAUUUGUCAAACAGGAUAUGGAUCAUCCUAGACUAGCAAUUAGUAGAUUAGAUUGCAAAGAUUCUAACUGUUACAAACUACCAGAUGUUCACAUAAAUCUUGAAUUAUGGCUAUCUUUGGGAACGAUAACAAGUUCUUGGGUCCCAAAUAAUAGAGUGAUCGAUAAUGGACCAUUAGGUCCAACUAACCGAUGGGCUAUUUCUUCAAGGGAAGAGUUUAUGUCACAGGUCUCGGCAUUGACAGAGACACAGUCUGAUUGUCGUGAUAAACAUGGACCAACUAAUUCUCAAAUUCCAUUAUCACAAACUCGAGUUCAAUCAAAAUGUGAUCUGGAUAUGUGCUAUGCUUCCAAAUUUCGCAAUGAGUUCAUCCGUUAUUUCACUGGAUCAGAAAUCCCGUCUAAAGAGUUUGCACACUUUCCAAACUUACACUCUUCAUCUUCUGUCAUGUCAAUUAUUAAUUGGUAUCCACAUGAACUUGGCUCUCCUCCUUUACCUUCGGGACUACACUUUUUGGGGAAGAAAAGCAUUUUAAACUCAACAGAAAUAAAAACUGCGCUUGAUAAGUUUUAUCACUGUAGUCGGCAAUAUUCAGGCACCUUAUCCUACCUUCAGAAUUCAAAGAAGUCAUCUUUUUGCCAGUUUGAGUCACAGCAAGCUACAAAAUUGUCAUGGGCCAAGCUAAAGAGCACUGUGCCUCUCAUUUAUCAAUUAGUUGACCGGAUGCAUUUUUCCCAGUCGGAGUAUGAAGAUCUUCUGAAAUUAGCUAACAACUUAGAUCCGAACUCUGGCCAGGAUCUACAGUCUCAGUAUAGAGAUAUUGCUUGCAAAUGGCUUCGUUUGUCUCCGACUCGUUGGGUUUCGUGGACAAAAGGUUGGAAUAAAAAGCUAAAUCUUACGGUUGCCGGACUUUUCGCUUUCUAUGGGAAAUGGGUAGUUUCGAAUUUAGACCAUGUUGCUGAACAAGCUAUUAAUUUUGUCAAUCAUAACCCUGAUUACUUUAGCAAUACUGAAUAUGCAUUGACGCUAGACGUUCGUAAUCUUACCUGUUCUCAGGACGUUGUACUAAACGAUUACUUUGAUUUAUUGACAGCUUCAAAAAAUAGGAAAAUUAUUGGAGUGAUCGCUGCUCUGUGUUCGGAUUCAAUAGAACCAGUUGUUGAGGUAGCUAACAUGCGUCGCCAGAUUGUUGUUAGUCCAACCGUUGAAUCAGUCCGCUUUGCAAAACGUCAUCAGUAUCCGUACUUUUUUCGUACUGUUCCAUCAAUGACACAUGUGAGCUUAAUCUUGAUUAGAUUAUUCAGUAGUUGGGGUUGGCGUCGUGUUGCUGUGUUUCGUGAAGACGAUCAUUUCUUUGACCCUUUGAUUUUUCAGUCGAAUGGUAUAGAUCUUAUUGCUGACUUUGUAAUGAAGGAAAAUCAACUCACAUACGUUACUGUACAUCAAGCUUUGAAACUUAUGAACGAUCGUACUAGUCGUAUCUUCAUGGUUGAAUAUUUUGCUAAAGGUACAGCCAUCAUAUUAUGUGCUGCAUAUCACUUAGGAAUGCAUUUUGAUGCAGGCUAUGUGUGGUUUCUUAAUCCUUGGUUAUCAAGCAAUUGGUGGCAGGCACCUGAUGUGCAUCCCAGAGAAUGUACUCAUGAAGAAAUGCAUAACAUAACUUCGUGGACUUUUACGGUUGGACAUCAAUUGAUCAUGGAACCAUUGGCUCACAAAUUUAUGCCUCCUUCAUUUAACGAUGUGAAUUUAUUUGCUUUUGACUCAUCGUCUCAUAAGCAACAGGGCACUGGUCGACGAUUCCGUCGGUAUUCAACUCAGUAUGCACAAGAUUUGCGGAUUCGUAAAUUCAAGCAUCCCUUAUUUAAUGGUCAUUUUACAAAUAACUAUGACGAUUCACCUUCAGAUUCCGAGUUACAACGUUCAGUUUUUAAUACGAAGAGUGAAGACGUUGAGUACGUUCAUUCUUCUCAUGAUUACGCAAUACAUACAUAUGAAUCUGUUAUUGUUCUAGCUGCAGCACUUAUUCACUUAUUACAUCAAAAUCCAAGUGCUAUUUCCGUUUUUGAAUCAAUGUCAGUUGCGGAGGCAUAUCGAGAGUUAGUUUUUGAAACAGACUUUAGAUAUACUAUUUCGUCAAGAUUCAUUAUGGAUGAUUCUUUUACAAAUCCAGUUAUUUCAUUGGACACAGGUUUCCACUAUGUUUACCGCAAAAAUGAAAUUAAAUCAGCUUCUCAAUUACGUUUUAAUAAUUUAAAUGAGCGUGUUGCUGAUUUUUGGCUUCUUAAACAACAUCAAAUCAAUAUCACUGUUCCCAUUGUAUUAUGGAGUUUAGACCAAGAGUUUAUAAGCGACGAUAAUUCUAUGCCUUUGAGUUCUUUAAUGGAUGCAGCUGAUCUGACUAACUUAGCGGCUUCUGAGCGUUUUGCCCAACUAAUGGGGGAACGCUGGAUUAACGAUGUGAAUUGGGGUAAUAACGAUGGACCACCAGAUGAUGGAUCAGAACAUGACGAUGACUGUGUGUUUGGAUUCGUAAGCAGAAUUUUCGGUGUGAAUUGUACUGGUUCUACUGUGAUCGCUACUAUUUCGAUCGUGCUCUCUGUAACAGUAUUAUGUUUAAUCCUGUUUAUUGUUUACUAUCGACGCAAACUAAAGAAAACACAAUUAAGAAUUCGUCAACCAUAUGAAAACCUUUGUAAUGAACUAAAAGAUAUUGAUAUUCCACCUGCCGACAUAGUUUUGAAUCGUCGUGUUGGUCAAGGAGCAUUCGGUAUGGUGUAUGGCGGUGAAGCGAAACGCAAUGGGCGUUGGGAAGCAGUAGCUGUUAAAGUGAUUGGUAACAAAGCUACAUACGAAGGGAAAACAGAUUUCCUUUCGGAAGCAAAACUAAUGAGAAGUCUAGACCAUCGAAAUGUUGUACGUUUAGUUGGUAUCUGUUUGUAUCCGAAGGAAAAUCAUCUUUAUUUAAUCAUGGAAUUUAUGCUAAAUGGUGAUCUGAAGACGUAUCUUCUAUCUCGGCGUGUUUUAGCUCAACAAGUGCCUGAUCAUGACGGUGUUUGUCCAGCUACACUGACGGGUAUGGCAAUCGAUAUUGCUGAAGGUUUGGCUUACUUACACAGGAAAAAUUUGAUCCAUCGUGACAUUGCCUGUCGUAACUGUCUUGUUGGUUCUGAUGGGGUUGUAAAAAUAGGAGAUUUUGGUCUUACUCGUGAAAUGAAUAGUAGUGAGAACGAAGGUUAUUAUCGUUUUACUCGUAACUGUGAACUCCCUAUCCGUUGGAUGUCUCCUGAAGCUGUCCAGUUUGGUGUAUUUAGUGUUCAUUCUGAUAUUUGGUCAUAUGGAAUUGUUUUAUAUGAAAUUAUAACUUUUGGAGUGUUUCCGUAUGAUGGUUUAGGUGAUGUUGAAGUUGUGGAGCGUGUAAAGCGUAAAGAUUUUAGCAUAAUCGAAUUUUUGCCUUUAGCAGCAAGAAACACUACUAUCUCUCGAUUAAUAUAUCAAUGUUGUCAGCACCAAUGGCAACAUCGUCCGGCUUCACUUGAUCAUAUUAUAGCUAUUUUGCGAAAAAAUCCCGAUUGUGUCCGCCCGUUUCUUACAAAUGAACCACCGAAACCAAAUAGUACUAUUGACGCCCUUCGUUUUCAACCUGGUGCUGGUGCAUGUAUCAUGUCGAAAAAUACUCUUGCUUCUGGUGAUCCAUCUCCAAGCAACCCACUUACUUGUAAUACUACCUCUGAUGGCAUUCAUGGUUAUCCAAUAAGUUCUAGUAUCCGAGGUGUUCUCAGUGCGACAGGUAGCUUGGGUGGUUCCGGAAAGUCUCCAUUAGGUCAUCAUUCAGCGGAUUCGUUUUCAGAGAAUCUUAGUACAUCUGCAUUUCUAUCAUUUUUAUCAGAAGCCCCUUUACAAAACUUAGGUCGACGUCGUCAUAAGACUGCUGACGGUUCGACGACGGCCUGUCGGUACCAUGGUAUUCGCCGAGGUACUAGUUCUUCUUCAUGCGGUCAUACGUUUCGUAGUUCAGAACAUAGUUCUGGCGAUCGUUCUACCACUGAAGAUCAACCACAUCUUACCAGUGAAGUUCUGAGAUUCCCUAAUUGGCAGAAGUUUGAUUCUUUUAGUCCUAAAUCAACUAUCUCAUUUGAGGAAAGAAGGUUAAAAAAUUACUCUAAAACAAGACAUGGUAAACCAAGUCCAAUCAGAAAAAUAUUUAGCAAACAAACUAGUCUAGGGGAUGAGCACAUGGAAUUAGUUUUGCCAAAAAAUCCAACCGAUUAUCGUCAUGUUCAAGAUUCGCUAAAUCAAUCUUUCGUUACACCUAUAAGCUAUCCCCAGGAUGAAUCAAAAACUAGAACUUCUCAAGGAGAAAUCGUGUAUGAAUGUGAGAAUUUUCAAAAUGUUCAACGAGAUAACAAUUUAGCGUUUCUAUCUUGAAGUAAAAGUAACUAUUAUCCGGUUAACAGUUCAUGAUAAACAAAUCAUCAGUUUUUUCCCACCGUUCAGGUAGUAUUCAAACUUCUGUCAGUCAUUCUGCCUCAUCACAUACCUUCUCAAAUUUUCCUACGUCAUGUCCAUCGAUUUUCAGUUCAAAUGCUUCAGAUAAUCAAAGAUCUACUGUUCCUUUAUCUAUUGCCAUCUCCCACUGAUAAACAUUGGAGCCAAAUCAAAAUGAACAAAUCUACUGAGUAUCAGCCUGUCAAAUGUGUCUCUGAAGUUGUUUGCUUAGACGCAGUCCUGGGAAAAACUAGCUUCAGUUGACGCACUUUGCAAGUUUUGGAGAUAGAACAACGUACUUCCAGUAAUUUUCGUUGUGUACCUAUCACAAAUACAAAGGAAACACGUAAAUCAGAACUAUUUCUACUUUAAUAGUCUGUUAACGUGUUUACUUGUCUAUUUGUAAUUUCCCGGUUUCAGAUAUCCUAUUUCAUUUCUACCUCAGUUUAUGAACAUGUGUAGUCUAACACCACAUUAUUAUUCGUUUGAAAUUUCAUUUAUUAUGUAUAUUGAGUAUGUAUUAUGUUAAUGAAUUUUUUAAAGAUGUGAAUGAAAUAAUUUUUUAUGAUCCAGGAAAAUGAUUUGUAUUAAAUAUUCUAAAAUUUAAUGGUAUACACUUUGUAUUGCUUCCGAAGAUACUUUCAUUGUUCACGUAUUAACAUCAUAUUUGUAAGGGCUACAGCACCUCAUACUAUAUGUAGUGUUGGGCUUAAUUAACAGUUAUCUUUCGACUUUGUAACAUACUUUUUUGGUAGUAAUAAUAGUUUCAUUUCAUCUAUGUAAAUUCUGUUCAACAGUGUCGAGAAAUUUACUUUUUUCCUGUAAAUUUGUAUUUGAGUUAUAUGUACUAUAAUGCGCCAACUAUGUGUAAUGGGUAGUAAAUUCAUUUGUCAAAUCAUAGAUUGUAUAUAGUUGGUUUAUUUUAUUAUAGUCAAUAUUUCUUAUCUUACAGAAUGAGAAAUCCUUUUAUAUAAUUUACUUGUAUAUUAUUCUAUGAUCUUGUUUUUAAAAAUUGAUCUUAUUUGUAAUGACACUCCUUUUUUACUGCAAUUUGUGUACCCUUUAUUUGUAUUUUCAGUAACUACCAAAUAAACUUAUCAAGUUUAUGAUACCUCCUAAAGAUCUCAUUCAAUGCAUAUUAGUUUCAUUUAAUUUGAGCCUUUUUAAAAUAAAAAACAUCCAUAACUUGUUGUAGAUGUAGCCUUACUUCAGAGUUCUAAACUGUGUUGUUAUUUUAAAUCUUUCGCAUACCAGAUUUCUUCUGUCUGAUGUACUUGACGAACGGUAUGGCGAAUUCCCCUUUCGGUAAUCAAAAUAUUUUGGUUAUACCCGACUUUCGCUAGAAAAUUGCAAUAAGUCGUUCUGGUGAGAUUUGUAGAUUUAUUGUUUUUGAUUGAACCUUCAUCCGUCCCUUGAAAGCUUACGGCAACUUAACUAAUACCAUAUUCAUACUUUAACAAUAAGUUUCAAUGUACUCUUUUUAGACAUUCGUUUAUGUAGGGUCAUGUAUGUUAAAAUAAUUCAGGUGAUUGACGCAAACAUAUAGUUUGUAUCGCAAUUCUAUUCAAAUACAACUCGAUUUCCUUUAAUUGCGCAUGCAUUCUAGUGUUCAAUAAAGCGUUUC